AUGGCGAGUUGCUGGAGCAGCGUGGAGAAAGCAGCAUUUUUGUGCUUCUUCUUGCUGGCGAUGGGGAGCCUAAUCUCCUGCGCCCGGCCGGAGGAGGAGGAAGAGCAAGAAGAGCAGCGCUCCUGUCACGGUGCCUUUGAUCUCUACUUCGUCCUGGAUAAAUCUGGAAGUGUCAGAAAUCAUUGGACUGAGAUUUACUCCUUUGUGGAAAGCCUAGCUGAGAAGUUCAUAAGUCCGAUGUUGCGGAUGUCUUUCAUUGUUUUUUCUUCACGAGGCACUACAAUCAUGAAACUAACAGAAAACAGGGAAGCCAUAAGACGAGGGCUCGACAUACUUCAGGAUGAAGUGCCUGGAGGAGACACUUUCAUGCAUGAAGGAUUUAAAAGGGCAAAUGAGCAAAUUUACCAUGAAACCUAUGGAGGAGUUCGGACUGCUAGUGUGAUUAUUGCUCUGACGGAUGGAGAGCUGCAAGACGUUCAGUUUUAUUAUGCAGAACAAGAAGCCAACAGAGCCAGAAGCUUUGGAGCUAUUGUUUAUUGUGUUGGAGUGAAAGAUUUCAAUGAAACCCAGCUGUCAACGAUUGCUGACAGCAUCGAUCAUGUUUUUCCAGUUAAGGGAGGCUUUUAUGCCCUGAGAGGAACCAUUGAUUCAAUUCUCAAGAAAUCUUGCAUUGAGAUCCUAGCGGCUGAACCAUCCAGUGUUUGUGCAGGAGAAUCUUUUCAAGUUGUGGUAAGAGGCAACGGCUUUUAUCAUGCAAGAAAUAUCGACCAGGUACUCUGCAGCUUCAAGCUCAAUGACAGCCUUACUAUCAAUGAAAAGCCGACUUAUGUUCAUGAUACUUACUUACUUUGUCCUGCACCAGUGAUAGAAGAUGCUGGACAGGUGGUUUUCCUACAAGUCAGCAUGAACAACGGGCUAACAUUCAUCUCCAGCUCUGUCAGCAUCACCAGCACACAUUGUCUGACUGGGACCAUCCUUUUCAUUGCUCUCCUGAUUCUCUUUCUGCUACUGGCUCUGGCUCUUCUGUGGUGGUUUUGGCCCCUUUGCUGCACAGUGGUGAUCAAGGAGCCACCACCACCACCACCUCCAGUGCCUGACUCAGAUGAUGAAGAUGGGUUGCCAAAGAAAAAGUGGCCAACUGUGGAUGCAUCUUAUUAUGGAGGUCGAGGUGUUGGUGGGAUUAAGAGGAUGGAGGUGCGAUGGGGAGACAAAGGGUCAACAGAGGAAGGAGCAAAAUUGGAGAAACCCAAAAAUGCUAUUAUUAAAUUGCCAGAACAGGAGUAUGAGCCAUGGGAACCCAAGCCAAAAAAGCCUCAUGUAAGAAAACCACCUUCCCAGCGGAAAUGGUACACUCCAAUCAAGGGCAAACUUGACGCACUGUGGGCUUUGGUCCGACGAGGCUACGAUCAAGUCUCUCUUAUGAGACCACAGCCAGGGGAUAAGGGAAGAUGCAUAAACUUCACUCGGGUGAAAUCGGAUGGAACGUCUGCCCCUUACAGCCCACCACCAAAGCUGCCACGGCUCGACAAUGUUCCCCUCAACAACGCUCCACGGAAUCCUUCUUCUCCUGUGUCUCUGCAACCCCCUUCCAGGCAGCCACCUCCUGGACCACCCCCAUCCCGAGCCCCUCCUGGACCUCCUCCUUCGCGCCCUCCCCCGCAGCCAAUGGCUUAG